AAUCUCAACCUUUAGAUAAGAACAAAGUCCCAUUGCUAUGCAAUAAUGUAUCAGCUGAGGUGAUACAGCCAAAUAAGCGAAUAAAAAUAAAAAGAUCUAAGCCCAGUCGAAUAUUCAACUCACCUAUCAUUGCCAAAGACUCCACAGAAAAAACAGAUGGAAAGCUCUUAUAUUCCGAGGAUACACUAGUCUCUUUUAGACAUGCAGUAGAAGAAG